AAAAAUAAAUAACUUAACAAAAAAGAAAAAGUCUCUUUUGACCAUGGCAAUACAAUCAUCAUCCCUCACCUUCUUCCCUUCUUCCCCAUUGUUUCCUCUCCCAUUUCCUUUCAUUUUUCUUCUUCUUUUUUGAAGCUUAAACAAGUUUCCCACGUAGCUAUUUAUUUCAAUUUUUCCGUUUCAUGUUGAAUUCUGUCUAAAGAAAAUCUAACUCCCUUUUCAUAUCUUCUUCUUCUUCUUCUUCUCAUAAACCAUGGGAGCUUGUCUCUCCGCCACCAAAGUCAGUGGUGGUUCAAGCGGAAACACCACCGCCCACCACCGUAAAACAGCCACAAAUGCUGAAAAAGAGUCUCAAAAGCCAAAUAAUCAACAGGUGAGGUGUUCUCAGCCACUGAAAAACAAACAGAAACCGAAGAAACAAAGUGGGAUCAUCCCAUGGGGUAAACGUACGGAUUUUGGGUACGAUAAGGAUUUUGAUCAGCGUUAUACGAUUGGGAAAUUGUUGGGACAUGGUCAAUUUGGUUACACUUAUGUUGCUAUAGACAAGGUGAAUGGGGAUCGUGUUGCUGUUAAGAAAAUUGAUAAAAAUAAGAUGAUUCUUCCAAUUGCUGUCGAGGAUGUCAAGCGAGAAGUCAAGAUAUUGAAAGCCUUGAAAGGCCAUGAAAAUGUGGUUCAAUUUUAUAAUGCAUUCGAGGAUGAUUCCUAUGUGUAUAUUGUUAUGGAGUUAUGCGAGGGUGGAGAAUUGUUGGACCGGAUUUUGGCCAAAAAAGAUAGCCGAUAUAGUGAAAAAGAUGCUGCAGUAGUAGUACGGCAAAUGCUCAAAGUUGCGGCCGAGUGUCAUUUGCAUGGCUUAGUGCACCGUGACAUGAAACCGGAGAAUUUCCUAUUUAAGUCAACACGUCCAGACUCGCCUCUGAAGGCUACAGAUUUCGGUUUGUCGGACUUUAUCAAACCCGGGAAGAGGUUUCGAGAUAUUGUUGGCAGUGCCUAUUAUGUUGCUCCUGAAGUAUUAAAAAGAAGGUCAGGGCCUGAAUCAGAUGUAUGGAGUAUCGGUGUAAUUACCUACAUUUUGCUCUGUGGGAAGCGUCCCUUUUGGGAUAAGACUGAGGAUGGUAUAUUUAAGGAGGUUUUGAAGAACAAGCCUGAUUUCCGUCGAAAACCAUGGCCAACAAUUAGCAACGACGCUAAAGACUUUUUGAAGAAGAUAUUGGUGAAGGAUCCUCGGGCUAGAUUGACAGCAGCUCAGGCCCUAUCACACCAAUGGGUUAGGGAAGGAGGAAAUGCAUCUGAUAUUCCCGUUGAUAUAUCAGUUUUGAGUAAUCUCCGGCAGUUCGUGAAGUAUAGUCGAUUGAAGCAGUUUGCUCUGAGGGCAUUGGCUAGCACACUUAAUGAAGAAGAGAUAGCCGAUCUUCGGGACCAAUUUGAUGCAAUCGAUGUGGAUAAGAACGGUUCUAUAAGUCUCGAAGAGAUGAGACAGGCCCUUGCUAAAGAUCUUCCUUGGAAGCUAAAGGAUUCACGCGUCCUUGAGAUUCUUCAAGCGAUUGAUAGCAACACGGAUGGACUUGUUGAUUUCACCGAGUUUGUUGCAGCUGCACUACAUGUGAAUCAAAUGGAAGAACAUGAUUGCGAUAAGUGGCAAAUGCGGUUACAGGCUGCUUUCGAGAAAUUUGAUGUAGAUAGAGAUGGAUAUAUAACUCCGGAGGAACUACGAAUGCACACGGGAUUAAGAGGUUCCAUCGACCCUUUACUUGAGGAGGCCGACAUUGACAAAGAUGGAAAAAUAAGCCUUUCAGAAUUCCGACGGCUUUUACGAACUGCAAGCAUGGGUUCACGGAACGUAUCUAGUCCAUCCGGUAAUCGGAAUACUCAGAAGUUGUAGAUUAAAAAAUGAAAACGAGAGCAAGAAAAAUGGAGCAUUUCCCCGAUUUUUGUGCUUGCCUGGUAUCUGUACCGGACCCCGAGCGUGUCUACUUCUACUGGUCGUCAAGCAUUGUAGGACCCUUUUCGACUUCGAGAUUUGUUCGAUGUUGGCUCUGGUUGUGGGAAGCUCUAUGUAUAUGGUCAUUCUAUGUACAUUUUCUUUGGUUGGGUAUAAUCUUGUUAUGCCUAUAUGUGACUAUAAAAUAAUUUAUCAAUGAAGAAUAUGGUGCAUCCCAA